CAGCCUGCGCUGUCCACAGUGACCCUUCAGACUUCACACGGUUUGGAUGAUGCAUUUAUUGUCGUGCCGUGCGUUUUGGCCAUAAGGCGUCAGAAGAGGAGCUGCAUCUGUCAAACGUCUAUGAUGAUCGCUGCGGUGUUUUUGGUCCUCUUAAGGCCAUACAGUGUUCAGUGUGUGCUGUUCUUACUGUCGCUUUUACUCGGAACCGUUGCGAGUAUUUUGUUUUUCUGCUGCUGGCGUCGCUGGCUUCGUAAUGGGAAGCAGCCAAUAAAAUCGGUGCUGUCCGGACGCGCCAGGAGCCGCGUUGGACUCCGAACGCAUCAUUUUCGAUCAGAGGGCUUCAGACACAGUCCACAUCACACAAGGAGGAGCGUGAACGCUCGAGUGUCAGACGGAAAACCCAGUGCGGCCAGCCUUCCUUUGAGUGAUCCAGAUUCCUCAUCGACUCUGAGAAAACGAAAAGUCAAGAAGCGAAUCCUGCCAGAAUUUUACCAGUCUGUGCAGGUCACCCCGACACGCAGACCCAGUUCAGGGAACCCUUCCCUGCACUGCUCCAUGUCCUCCUCGGCCGAUUUCUCAGACGAGGAUAAUUACAGUCUUAAAUCCGGAUCGGCAUCGCCGGCACCCGGGGACACUUUACCCUGGAACCUGCCCAGACAUGAGCAGUCCAAAAGGAAGAUCCAGGGACGAUCCGUGCUGGAUCCAGCGGAGAGAGCUGUGCUCCGGAUCGCAGAUGAAAGAGACAGAGUGCAGAAGAAGACAUUUACAAAAUGGAUAAAUCAGCACCUACUAAAGGUACGGAAGCACAUAAAUGACUUGUAUGAAGACUUGCGAGAUGGACAUAACCUAAUCUCACUGCUGGAGGUCCUGUCUGGAGACACAUUGCCUCGAGAGAGGGGGAGGAUGCGCUUCCACAGACUCCAGAAUGUACAGAUAGCUCUGGAUUACCUAAAGAGGCGGCAGGUCAAACUUGUAAAUAUCAGGAAUGACGACAUCACAGACGGAAACCCGAAGCUGACCCUGGGAUUGAUCUGGACCAUAAUCCUACACUUUCAGAUCUCAGAGAUUCACGUGAUGGGGGAAUCUGAGGACAUGACAGCCAAGGAGCGGCUGCUGCUCUGGACCAAGCAGAUGACAGAGGGCUACGCCGGUGUACGAUGUGAAAAUUUCACGACCUCCUGGAGGGACGGCAGGCUAUUUAACGCCAUCAUUCAUAAAUACAGGCCGGAUUUGGUUGACAUGAGCCACGUGUCCAUACAGACCAACCGAUCAAAUUUAGAGCACGCGUUUUGUGUAGCCGAACAACUGGGGGUGGCUAGGCUGCUAGACCCUGAGGACGUAGAUGUUCAGUCUCCUGAUGAAAAAUCAGUCAUCACGUAUAUAUCAACACUUUAUGAUGCCUUCCCUAAAGUACCCGAUGGUGUGGAUGGCAUCAGUCCCAAUGAUGUCGAUAUCAAAUGGGUGGAGUACCAGAACAGGAUCAAAUACCUCAGCCAGUGGAUCAAACACAACGUGGACGUAAUGUCAGACAGAGCGUUCCCCAACAACCCCGUGGAAAUAAAGGCACUUUAUACACAGUAUUUGCAGUUUAAAGAACAUGAAAUCCCACUGAAAGAGAAUGAGAAGACAAAAAUUCAAGAUCUCUAUAAAAUGCUUGAGGUGUGGAUAGAGUUAGGACGGAUUCACCUGCCCCAGGGCCAUCACCCGAAUGAUGUGGAGAAAGAGUGGGGAAAACUGAUUGUGGCUAUGCUAGAAAGAGAGAAGUGCCUGAGACCUGAGGUGGAAAGGCUUGAGAUGUUGCAACAGAUUGCCAGUAGAGUACAGCGGGCCUGUGCCAGCGGUGAGGACAAGGUAGCAUUGGCUCAAACUGCCUUGCAGUCUGAUGCAAAGAGGCUUGAGUCUGGUAUCCAGUGCAUAAAUGAAGCUGAGGUUGCCGGAUACCUUUUGGAAUGUGAGAAUAUUCUCAGACAGCAAGUGUUGGAUAUCCAAAUUCUUCUGGAUGGGAAAUUCCCCUUUGCAGAUCACCUAGUCCAAAGGGUUUCCAAGCUCCGAGAUGACCUUCUCGCCUUGAGAGCUGAAUGUUCUUCUGUGUACAGCAAAGGCCGGAUUUUGACAACAGAAGAAACCAAAAUGAUGAUCUCAGGCAUUACACAAAGCCUCAAUGCAGGCUUCUCUCAGAGCAUAAACACAAGUCUGACACCAGCCAUUCCUCCUGCACUCACUCCUGGAGGACUGGUUACCCCUGGACCCAUGUUCACCUCUAGCCUUACACCGUGCCUGACCUCUGCCUUGACCCCUGGCCUGCAGCCUUCUUCAGUCCAAGCUUACAUGGGGAGUGGUGGCGGCAUAGACCCAAGCAGCCUCCGGCAUUCGAAACACAUGCAAAUCCGCAAGCCUUUAACGAAAUCCUUGCUGGCAGACUCUAACAUGACGGAAGAUGAGAUUAACAUGAAGAUUGUUCAGGACCUUCUGAGCUGGGUGGAAGAGAUGCAGUUGCAGCUGGAUCGUGCAGAGUGGGGUUCUGAUUUGCCAAGUGUGGAAACUCAUUUACAAAACCACAAAAGUGUACAUAGAGCCAUUGACGAGUUUCAGAUGAGUCUGAAAGAUGCCAAAUUUAGUGAGAUUCAGAUGACCUUACCCCUCAAAUUAACAUAUUCAGAAAAACUGAACAAACUAGAGAGCCAGUAUGAAAAACUAUUGAACUGUUCCAAAGAGCGUCAAAGCCACCUGGAAAGCCUGCAUGACUUUGUAACGCAGGCGACUCAGGAGCUCAUCUGGCUGAAUGAGAAGGAGGAAGAGGAGGUGGCCUUUGACUGGAGUGAUCGUAAUAGCAAUAUCUCCAAGAAGACAGACUACCACGCUGAUCUGAUGAGAGACCUGGAUGAAAAGGAAGAUGUGUUCAAGUCUGUGCAGGCCAAAGCAGAAAACCUUUUGCUCAAAAACCACCCGGCCAGGCUAACAAUCGAGGCAUACAAAGCUGCCAUGCAGACACAGUGGAGCUGGAUCUUACAGCUGUGUUCGUGUGUAGAACAGCAUCUCAAGGAGAACGCUGUUUAUUUUGAGUUUUUCAGAGAUGUUAAUGAGGCUGUGGCCUAUCUCAAGAGCCUGCAAGAUGCCAUUCAGAGAAAGUACAGUUGUGAUCAAACAACCAGCUUGCACAGACUGGAGGAUCUCAUUCAGGAAUCCAUGGAUGAGAAGGAGCAGCUCCUUCAGUACCGCAGCACUGUAGCCGGGCUGGUCGGCAGAGCGAAAACUAUUGUGCAACUCAAACCCAGAAACCCUGACAGCCCCGUGAGAUCGUCCAUUCCUGUAAAAGCCAUCUGUGAUUACCGUCAGAUUGAGAUAACCAUAUAUAAAGACGACGAGUGCGUACUGGCCAGUAACUCUCAUCGUGCUAAGUGGAAAGUCAUCAAUUCAACAGGGAAUGAAGCCAUGGUGCCCUCUGUUUGUUUCACUGUGCCUCCGCCCAACAGAGAGGCUGUUGAUAUGGCUUCCAGAACUGAGCAGUUGUACCAGAAUGUUUUGGCACUGUGGCACCGCUCUCACAUCAACAUGAAGAGUGUGAUGUGUUGGCAUCAUCUCAUGGCUGACAUACGGACCAUCCGCAACUGGAAUGUGGCCUCGAUUAAGACCAUGUUACCGGGUGAGCAUCAGCAGGUCUUGAGCAACGUGCAGUCUCACUUUGAUGACUUCCUGGAAGAAAGUGAGGGGUCUGAGGUGUUCACAGUAGCUGACUGUGCUCAGUUGGAGAGUGAUGUCUUGGACUGCAAGGAGUACUACCAAGAGCUUCUCAGAUCUGCAGAACAAGAGGAACGCGAGGAGUCGGUGUACAAUCAUUACAUCUCAGAAAUACGUAACAUACGAAUGCAUCUAGAGGCCCAUGAAGAACACCUCCUCAGACAAAUCCGCACGCCGCUAGAGAGGGAUGACUUGGAACAGAGUCUGCAGCGCAUCACAGAGCAUGAGACAAAGAUUGCAGAGCUGAACAGGUUGAAGGAUGAUCUUGAUGCCAUGAAGGAGAAGUGCGAGAUAUUCCUCAGCCAGGCUGCAGCCACACCCUCUGUGAUGACUCUUUCCUCUGAGCUCAGCGUCCUCCUUCAGAGCAUGAGCCAGGUCUACUCCAUGUCUUCCAUUUAUAUGGACAAAUUGAAAACAUUAAGCCUUGUGCUAAAGCACAGCCAGAGUGCAGAGGCACUAGUGAAGGCCUAUGAAUCCAAACUCUAUGAGGAAGACGCCAUGAACGCUGACCUCAAGUCCAUUGAGACGGUCAUCUCUAUGCUCAAGCAAUGGCAGACACAGAUCGAUGAGAAGCAAGAAGUGUUCCAUGAUAUGGAGGAUGAGCUGCAGAAAGCAAAUGUCAUAAGCGACUGCAUGUUUAAAGCCCACAAUGAGCGGGAUUUUGACCUCGACUGGCAGAAGGAGAAAGCUGUCCAGCUGAGCGAGAGAUGGCACAACAUUCCCUCACAGAUUGACAGCAGGCUUCGGGACCUAGAGGGUAUCAGUAAAUCUCUAAAAAGCUACAGAGACCUGUACGGUGAUCUUGAUGAAUGGGUCAGAGAAAUGGAAGCAGAACAGCUGAAGGUUCAAGAAAACAAAGCUGAAGAUAGCAAAGCCCUCGCUGAGCUGUUAAACCAGCAGAAGAUCCUGGUUGGCGAAAUUGAACAAAAACAGAACAAAAUUGACGAGUGCCAGAAGUUCUCUGAGCAGUACUCAUCUGCUAUCAAAGAUUAUGAACUCCAGCUGAUGACCUUCAGAGCGAUGGUUGAUUCCCAGCAUAAAUCUCCUCUUAAGAAACGGAAGAUGCAGAGCUCUUCUGAUGCCAUCCAACAGGAGUUCAUGGAUCUGCGAACUCGCUACACUGCUCUUGUGACUCUGAUGACACAGUUUGUGAAGUUUGCCAGUGAAACACUCAAGAGAGCUGAAGAUGAAGAGAGAUCUGUUGAUGAAGAGAAAAGAGAGCAUGGUGAUAAAGUUAACAAGUUGUUGCACUGGAUGUCUAGUACGAAGCAGAGUCUGAACACUCUGAAAGAUAGUAAUGCCAACUCAGAUGCUUCUAAUAAGCCCCAGGUGUCAUUCGAGGAGAUGGUAACUAAGAAGGAGCAAAUUGCAGAAGCACUUAUGGCCACGCAACUGAUGCUCAACAAACACAGUGAAAAAAUGACAGAGGAAGAACACCAGAAGGUGCAGGAGCAGCUGCAAGCUCUCAAUCAGGCUUACAGUGAUCUCUCCCAGCACUGUUCAGAUCACACGGCCUCUGCAGAACAGUCUAUUUUGGAAAAACAAAAGGAAUUUACAGAGAAAUUGGAAGAGGCUUGCGGUAAUCUCACCCUGACAGAGAACCUCCUUCUUGGCCAUCAGCAACAGGCUGAAAACACAGAGUGUGUCAGUGACCUGCAGCAGUACCAGCAGGAGCAUCAGGCCCUGCAAAAAGAUGUACUGACAAAUGCUAGUUCCUUGAAUGAGAUUAUUGCAAGUACAAAACUGUUUUUGGAAGAAAACCGGAGCAAGCUGAUGCCAGAUCAGAUUGCCAUCAUUGAGAGCAAGCUGGAAGAGGCUAAAAGCAAAGCCAAGCUCAUCAAUCGGCGGGCUGAGGAGUCCAGGAAGGACAUGGAGAAGAUUGUGACCACAGCAAUAAAACAGGAGAACGAGAAGGCUGCAGCUGCUGAACAGCUUCAAGAAAGCAAAAACAAAAUUGAAGGUCUUCUGGAUUGGAUAUCCAACAUGGGGAAUGAAAAGGGGAAUGGGUUUGAUAAAACUGACCAUAAUAACAAAGAGAAUGGAAACCUGCCCAAUGAAAGUGCACAGGAACAAAUGGGAGAGGAUGAUGAUGAUGAUGCCAAUGGAAACACUUCACAGAGCAGUGAAAAUAACUUGGGCAGAGAGACUACUACUGAAAAUAGUCCAUCAGUGGAUCUUGACAAGCAGUUUGAAAGGGUCAAGGCUUGCCAUCAGGACAUUCUUUCCCAGCAGCAGGAUCUGAUCAUAGCCACUCAGUCAGCCCAGGCUCUGCUUGACAAGCAAGACAACGUGCUCUCUACAGAGGAGAAGGACAAACUGCAGAAGGACAUCCAGGACCUGAAGGAGCUCUAUGAGUCCUCGCUGACCCAAGCUGAGCAACAGAUGAAACAGGUGCAGUGUGUCCAGGAGGAAUUAAAGAAGUUCCAGGAUGAUUGUGAGGAGUUUGAAGGGUGGUUAGAUCAGGCUGAAGGAGAUAUAGAGGAGCUCGAAGCUCCUGCGGGGUCCCUCGAUAUUCUCAGUGAGAAACUCCAGCGCCAGAAGAGCUUCUCAGAAGAUGUGAUUUCUCACAAAGGGGAUCUUCGGUUCAUUACCAUUUCAGGACAGAAAGUAUUAGAUGUGGCCUCUGGAUUGACUCAGUCUGGGGCCAAAAAUGCCCUGCUGCAUGUCGACACUUCAGGAACUUGCUCUGCUGUCAAGGACAAGCUGGACUCUGCAGCCAGCUGUUACAAAACGUUACAUUCACAGUGCCAUCAGCUUGGCAACAACCUCAGACAUGUGGUUGACAAGUAUAAGAAGUAUGAAGACUCCAGUGCGGCCCUAUUGACGUGGCUCAAAGGUUCGGAGGAGGAGGCGAGAAGGCAGCAAUCAGAAAGUAUAGCAGCUGAUCCACAAACACUACAGAGGCAUCUGGAGGAGACCAAGGCCCUACAGGGUCAGAUGACUGGGCACCAAAGUGCUAUUGACACACUACGCAAAACAGCAGAUUCUUUAAUAUCAUCUGAAGGAGACCUGUUGAGCAAUCCAGAUGAGAUCCAGGAGACUGUAGAUGACAUAUUAGAGCGGUACGACAACCUUUCCAAGUCUGUGAGUGAUAGAAAUGAGAAACUUCAGAUCACCCUUACACGGUCUAUGAGUGUCCAGGAUGGUUUAGAUGAGAUGAUGGACUGGAUGGACAGAGUGGAAGCUAGUGUAAAAGAAAAACAACAAAUACCUCUGGACUCUGUGUGCAUUGGAGACAUGCUCAGCAAAGAAGCAGCAUUAGAGCAGGACAUAGCGAGUCGCCACAGCAGCAUAUCAACCAUGAAAUCCAAGGUGAAGAAGUUUGUGGAGACUGCAGAUCCUUCUGCUGCUGCCCUUCUACAGUCUCAGAUGGAUAGUCUUUCUCAGCGAUUCUCUGAUGCCUGUGAUAAACAUAGGCAAAAAGUUUCAAAACUGGAGCAAUUGAAGGAAAAGGUGGAACAAUUUGAGAAGACUGCAGAUAAAGUCCAGCAAUAUGUGGUGCAGCGAUCGCAAGAUUUGCACGAGAUUGAUGGGCCAGGGAAAACCUUCAGUGAACUGUCACAGUUAAUGCAGAAUACCAAAGCUGAGAUAGCUGAGCAUGCUCAGGAUAUGGAGGCGCUGCAUACACUUGUCAAGGAGCUGUCUGAUAUAAGUCCAGAUGGCAACAAAACCCAGAUCCAAAGCAAAAUGGACAAUCUCUCAAAUAUCUUCAGUACUUUCACAGACACUACCAGAGCAAAGGAGGAGGAGGUAUCAUCCUGUCAGGACCAGCUGGGAGAGUUCAGGUCUGCAGCCAGCACGUUGACCAAGUGGUUGGAGGAGACAACUGAGAAAGUACCUGUGGUUCAGCCAAGUCGUAGUGAGAAAAAAUUGGACAAAGACCUGCAGACAGUCACUGACUUAUUAGAGGAAUGGACAUCUAAAGGCCCUGCUGUUCAAAAUAUCAACAGUAAAGGAUCAGCCCUAUGCAGCCUCAUCACUUUCCUCACAUCCCCUGCUAAAAAUAAAACACCUAUCAAGUCAGCUCUUAUUAAUGGUGGUGGUGGUCCAGUGAGCCAUUCCUACCUAACCAAUAAAGAAUUGAUGGUAAUUCAGCAGAACAUGUCAUUCAUCAAUGAGGGAUAUGCAAGCCUUGGAGAAAUGCUGAAGAAUCGAGCAACAGAGUUGAAUGACUUGGUGCAAGAGGUGAACGUGGCCCAAAAGGAAACUGCAGACAUGAUGACAUGGCUGAAGGACAUGAAAAAGACUGUAGCCUCCUGGCAGAACACAGCUGCAGAGAAAGACUUAGUGAAAACACAACUUGAACAGCAGAAGGCACUUGAAGGUGGCAUGAAGGAAAAACAACACCAUCUUCAGAUGCUCAGACAGAAGCUUGUAAACUUGAUGAAAACUCAUUCAAACUCUCCUGAGAUAGCAAAUUGGAAGGAGAUGCUCUCACAAAUCGAUGAAGCUUGGGCAGAUAUCAUGGGAUCUGUAGAGGAAAGAAAGCAGUAUCUCGAGCAGUCCAACAAGAAUCUGGACAUCUUCCAAACUACUGAGAUGCAGCUUUGUCAGUGGCUGUCAGAGAAAGAGCUGAUGAUGAGUGUCCUUGGGCCCCUCUCAAUUGAUCCAAACAUGCUUAAAAUGCAGAAGCAGCAAGUUCAGAUCCUCCAGAAUGAAUUUAACAGCCGUAAGCCUCAAUAUGAUCAGCUUGAAGAUGCUGCCUCUGAGAUCCUAGGCUCCUUUGUCAACCAUGAACCCUCCAGUGGAAAGCUGGUGCAGGAGCAGCUCUCUGCUGUCACUCAAAAGUGGCAAAACCUAAAGGGGCAACUGGAUCAGCGAGAUGGCCUCAUUGACCAGGCAAUUGUGAAGACGGGGAAGUUUCAGGAGUUACUGCUAAGUCUCAGCCAGACGGCUACUCAUUUGGAGACUCAGCUCACAAAACAGCAGGGGCACAGCACCCAGCCUGAUGCAGUGAGGAAGCAGUUGGAGGAGGUCCAGACUAUCUCAGCUCAGCUAAAAGAGGAGAGGAAGAUGAUGAAGGAGGCUGAAGCCAUCAACACAGAACUCACAGCCAUGAUUACUGAGGACUAUCUCAAAGCAGAUUUAGCCAGACAACUGGAGAGUGUCAGCAAGCCUUUCAAACUGCUAGAAGAAAAAGCAGCAAAACGUAUGGAGCAGCUAAACUCAACAUUUGCCAGUUCUCAACAGUUCCACCAGUCAUCCAAAGACUUCCAGUCAUGGUUGGGUGAAAAGCUCAAGGACAGCUCUGAGCUGCAGUCUAUCUCUGCCAAAGUGGACAUCCUUCAACAAACUCUGGAGGAACACAGUAGACAACAGAAGGCCCUCAUUGAACAUGAGGACACAUAUAAUGCUAUCAUUGGGGAAGGGGAGAUGCUUUUGCAUGAUACAGAUGGUGCUGAAAGAAUGGCGCUGCAGGGGCAGCUUACAGCCCUUACUUCAAACUGGGAAGAGGUGAAAAAGAACUCAGUUGAACAUGCUGACAAACUCCAAGUUGCCUUGCAGAGAUCUCAGAGGUAUCAGGAGCAUCUAGAGAAGCUCAGCUGUUGGAUUCAAGAGUGUGAUGCAAACAAGAGCCAAAUCAAACUCACUGUUGAUCCUAUUGCUGUUGAGAGCUCCAUUUCCCAGGUGAAAGUGCUACAGAAAGAUGUCAACAAACACAGAGGAACGGUGGAGCAGCUUAAUACAGCUGCUGAGAGUCUGCUUGACGUGGCCACUAUACACACUGAAUCCAUCAAAGAGGAGAAGACUAACAUUGGCAAAAAAAUAGAAACCAUAAUGGAGGAUCUACAGAGUAAGAAGGACUCUCUGGAGAAGAUUUCUCAUACACUUAAAGAAUUUAAUGAUACCUCCAAAGAGGUAAAAGGACAGCUUGAAGGUGCUAAGAAGCUAGUCGAUUCCUAUGAAUUACUGGGAAUGCAGGCACACAGCAGUAAGACCUUGACCAACAUGAAGGCCCAAUAUAAAAGCUUAGAGGGAGUACAGAUCCAUGUAGAACAAAUGAAGAAUCUGGCAAAGGACUUGAUAGUAGAUGUCCCAGAUGCUGAUGGAGUGACAGACCUGUUACUUCAAGCUGACAGUAUAGAAAAAGACUUUAGCGCCCUCAGCAACAAACUCGAGGAGGCAUGCCAAACAAUGGAAGGUAAAUUGCAGGGCAUUGGGGAGUUCCAAAACAACAUUCGUGAGAUGUUCACCCAAUUCAAUGAUUUGGAUGAUGAGUUAGACAGCAUGGCUCCACUGGAUCUUGACUUGGCCACACUUAAACAACAACACAGUAGUAUUCAGUGCUUUGUGUCUAAGCUGCAAGAACUGAUGGCCAACACAGUCAGUGCUGGUGACAACUGCAAGAAGAAACUACAGACUGAGGCAUCACCUGACAUGUUAGGUUUGAAAAAAGACCUUGAUGCUCUUAGUAAACAAUGUGGUAAGCUAAUGGACAGAGCUAAAAGCCGGGAGGUACAAGUGCAGAGUACUCUCACCAAACUAGAGGAGCUGUAUAAGAAACUCCAGCAGUUGGCAGAUAAUCUUUGCAGAGCCGUGGAGAAGGAAGCAUGCCAAGAGGUGGUUGGCAUGGAGACGGACAUUAUCAACCAACAGCUUGAGGCUUUUAAGGUAUUCCAGAAAGAAGAAACUGACCCAUUACAUACACAGCUUCAAGAUGUCAACUCGCUGGGCCAAGGGCUGAUCCAGAAUGCUGCCAAAGGCACCAGCACGAAGAAGCUUGAGGACGACCUGGAGGAUGUCAACACAAAAUGGAAUACCCUCAGUAAAAAGCUUGCUGAGCGUUCAGCCCAGCAGCAUGAAGCCCUGUUGCAUUGUGGGAGGUUCCACGAUGCUCUGGAGUCACUGCUCAGCUGGUUGACUGACACAGAGGAACUGGUGGCUAGUCAGAAACCACCCUCUGCAGAGUACAAAGUGGUCAAAGCUCAGAUACAAGAGCAGAAACUCUUACAGAGACUGCUGGAUGACCGUAAGCCGACUGUAGAGCUGAUAAAAAAGGAAGGAGGCAAGGUUGCAGAACUGGCAGAGUCGGUGGAUAAGGAGAAGAUUGAAAAAGAGAUUGAAUGCCUGGGGCAGAGGUGGGACAGUCUUCUCAAGAAGGCUGAAAACAGACACAAACAUCUGGAGAGCAUCUUGGUAGUCACUCAGCAGUUCCACGAGACUCUGGAGCCCUUAAGCGAGUGGCUUACAACUACAGAGAAACAACUGGUCAACUCGGAACCCAUCGGCACAGAGACGUCUAGACUCGCAGAGCAGAUCACACAGCACAAGGCUUUAGAGGAGGAGGUUAUGAGUCACAGUAAAGACCUGUUUCAGGCUGUCAGUCUGGGUCAGAUGCUCAAAACAGUGAGCUCAGUGGAAGAUAAGGAAUUUAUUCAGUCCAAACUGGACGCAACUCAGGCCAGAUACAUAGAUCUGCAGGACCGAUGCAGAAGGAGAGCUGACAUGCUGCAGCAAGCUUUGGCUAACGCCCACCUCUUUGGAGAGGAUGAAGUGGCCCUCAUGAACUGGAUCAAUGAGGUACACGCGAGACUGUGUGAAGUGUCCGUGGAUGACUACGCAUUAGACGUUCUCGCAAAGCAGCUGGCAGAACAACGGGCACUACAGAGUGAUAUAGAAAUGAGGAAGAAAAACGUUGCACAGGCUGUUUCCAAUGGAAUGGAGUUGCUGAAACAAACAACAGGUGAGGAGGUGGUUGUUAUUCAGGGCAAACUGGAUGGGAUAAAAGCAAAAUAUGCUGACAUCAGCAACAUGAGUGACAGUGUUUUGAAGAGUCUGGAGCAGGUCUCCACUCUCAGCACUGACUUACAGCAUACUCAUGAGGAGCUGAGCUCCUGGCUGGAGAAUGCAGAGGCUGAGCUCAGUGCAUCUUCUAAUCAAGAGCUUGUGGGAGACCAGCUGGCUCAUGCACAAAGCAAGCAGAAGGCGUUGCUGAAGGAGACCAAAGCCCAAAAACCCAUGGUAGAUAAGCUGAAUGAGUUGAGCAGUUCUUUGAUGGAUCUGAUCCCAUGGCACACUCGUGACAGGCUGGACAGGCUUGUGACGGAAGAUAAUGAGCGAUACAAAGUGGUGUGUGACACCGUUACCCAGCAGGUCGAGCAGAUCGAUGCGGACAUUCUCAAGUCAGAACAGUUUAAACAAGCAGUAGAUUCUGAACUAGCCUGGCUGACUGAAGCUGAGAGGAAGCUGCUCUCUGUGGGGGAGAUCAAACUGGAGAAGGACCAAACCACAGCCCAGCUGCAUGCACAGAAGAAUUUCUCCAUGGACAUCAUGAGGCACAAAGAUGCUGUGGAUGAGCUUGUGAAGAUGGGAAAGGCCAUUAUGAACAGCAAAAACCAAGAGGAACAAGCGCUCUUGAAGACUCUUUUGGAGAAGUGCGGCGUUGUUAGUCAGCUGAACUCAGAGCGCUAUCUACAGCUUGAACAAGCCCAGUCUCUGGCCAGUCAGUUCUGGGAAACCUAUGAAGAGAUGUGGCCAUGGCUUCAGGAAACCUUGACCACUUUCAGCCAGCUGCCUCCACCUGCCAUUGAGUAUGACACACUCAGACAGCAGCAGGAGGAACUCAGGCAAAUGCGAGAGCUAAUUGCCGAACACAAGCCCCACAUUGACAAGAUGAAUAAGACCGGGCCUCAGUUACUGGAACUGAGUCCAGCGGAGGGAGUCCCCAUCAGGGAGAAAUACACAACCACUGACCAGCUUUAUGCCCAACUCAAAGCUGAUGUCAAGGAGAGAGCAUCCACCCUGGAUGAAGCCAUCUCCAAAUCUACUCAGUUCCAUGAUAAAAUUGACCCCAUGCUGGAAUCUCUGGAACGGAUCGCUGAGCGUCUGCGUCAACCUCCCUCUAUCUCAGUUGAAGUGGACAAGAUCAAGGAACAGAUAAGUGAAAACAAGGCCGUCUCAGUGGACUUGGAGAAACUGCAGCCGUCCUAUGAGACACUGAGGCAGCGAGGCGGAGAGAUGAUUGCACGAUCAGAAGGAGCAGACAAGGACAUAUCUGCCAAAGCUGUACAAGACAAGCUGGACCAGAUGGUGUUUAUCUGGAACGACAUCCAGGCGCUGCUGGAGGAGCGGGAGGCAAAGCUGCUGGAUGUGAUGGAUCUGGCAGACAAGUUCUGGUGUGACCACUGUGCCCUCAUCGUCACCAUUAAAGACAGCCAGGAUCUGCUGAAAGAGCUGGAGGAGCCUGGAGUCGACCCCUCGGUUGUCAAACAGCAGCAGGAGUUUGUGGAGGGGUUCAAGGAGGAGAUUGAUGGGCUGCAGGAGGAGCUUGAUGUGGUUCGAAAUCAGGGGGCAGAGCUUUUGACUGCUUGUGGAGAACCAGAUAAACCUGUGAUUAGGAAAAGCCUUGAUGAGGUGAAUUCAGCAUGGGAAAAUCUCAAUAAGACCUGGAAGGAGCGAGUGGAGAGACUGGAAGAAGCCAUGCAGGCUGCUGUGCAGUUUCAGGAUGGUUUGCAGGGUAUGUUUGACUGGGUGGACAUUCUGGAGAACAAACUGGAUUCCAUGUCACCUGUUGGCACUGAUCUGGAAACCGUCAAGCAGCAGAUUGUAGAGCUCAAGGAGUUCAAAGGAGAAGCAUACCAGCUGCAAAUCGAGAUGGAGCGUCUGAAUCACCAGGCAGGCCUCCUGUUGAAGAAGGUGACCGACGAGAGCGACCGCUGCGCCAUCCAGGAGCCGAUGUCUGAGCUCAAGAUGCUCUGGGAUAAUUUGGACGAAAAGAUUAUCAGCCGACAGCACAAACUGGAGGGAGGUCUUCUCGCUUUGGGUCAGUUCCAGCAUGCUCUGGACGAGCUGCUGGCCUGGAUGAGCCACACAGAAGAGCUGCUCAAUGAGAGCAAGAGUGCUGGAGGAGACCCUAAAGGCAUCGAGAUAGAGCUCGCCAAACACCAUGUCCUCCAGAUUGAUGUGUUGGCUCACAAGUCAACAGUUGAGACGGUGAACAAAGCUGGUCAUGAGCUAGUAGUGUCCAGUGCUGGAGAAGAAGCCUUAGGUCUCCAAAGCAAACUGGAGAACCUGAACCAGCGGUGGAAAGACAUUCUGGAGAAGACAGAACAGAGGAGGCAGCAACUAGAAAAUGCUUUGCAUCAGGCUCAAGGUUUCCAUGGUGAGAUUGAAGAUAUGCAGCAAUGGCUGAAAGACAUGGAGCGUCAGCUGUUGGCAUCAAAGGCAGUGGGAGGCUUACCAGACACAGCCCGGGAGCAGCUUAAUGCCCAUCUGGAAUUGUGUUCUGCCUUUGAGGUGAAGGAGGAGGUGUAUCGGGAGGUGAUGGACAAAGGUCAUCAGCUGCUCGCCGUGAUGCCUGAGGGUCCAGACAGCAACACAGAGCAAGACCUCGCAAACCUGAGGGAGAAAUGGGAAGCCGUGCAGGCAAAAGUGGCUGAGAGGAAGGUGAAACUGGAAGAAGCCUUGACUUUGGCCACAAAUUUCCACAAUGCUUUGCAAGACUUCAUCAACUGGUUGACCCAAGCAGAGCAAACACUGACAAUGGUUUCUCCUGCUUCCCUCAUACUGGAGACCAUCAUGUUUCAGAUUGAUGAGCAUAAGGUGUUUGUGACAGAGGUGAACUCCCACAGGGAGAACAUCAUCGAACUGGAUAAGACAGGCACACAUUUGAAGUACUUCAGCCAGAAACAGGACGUGGUUUUGAUCAAGAACCUUCUCCUCAGUGUACAAGGCCGCUGGGAGAAGCUGGUGCAGCGGUCUGUUGAACGAGGACGUGUGUUGGAUGAUGCCAGGAAGAGGGCAAAGCAGUUCCAUGAAACUUGGAAUAAGCUGAUGGAAUGGUUGGACGAAUCUGAGACGACUCUCGAUUCAGAAGUGGAAAUUGCCAAUGAUCCUGACAAAAUCAAGAUACAGCUUGUGCAGCACAAGGAGUUCCAGAAAGCUCUGGGUAGCAAACAUUCUGUGUAUGACACUACCACUCGAACAGGCCGAGCCCUGAAAGAAAAGACGUGUCUUCAGGAUGAUAAUCAGAAGCUGGAUGACAUGCUGAGUGAACUCAGAGACAAAUGGGACACAGUCUGUGGCAAGUCAGUGGAAAGACAGAACAAGCUGGAGGAAGCCCUUUUGUUCUCUGGCCAGUUUACCGAUGCUCUGCAAGCCCUUAUUGACUGGCUGUAUAGAGUGGAACCUCAGCUCGCUGAAGACCAACCAGUGCAUGGAGACAUAGACCUGGUUCUCAACCUGAUUGACAACCACAAGGUUUUCCAAAAGGAGUUGGGAAAGAAGACAGUAAGCAUUCAGGCCCUAAAACGUUCAGCCAAGGAGCUGAUUGAAAACAGUCAUGAUGACUCCUCCUGGGUCAAAGCCCAGAUGCAGGAGCUGAGUACCCGCUGGGAGACUGUGUGCAACCUCUCUGUGUCCAAGCAAACCCGGCUGGAGCAGGCUCUCUGUCAGGCUGAAGAGUUCCACUCUGUUGUUCAUAUCCUCCUGGAAUGGCUGGCUGAGGCUGAGCAGGGUUUACGUUUCCAUGGUAGCCUGCCAGAUGAUGAGGAGGCCUUACGCAGGCUCAUCGAACAACACAAGGAUUUCAUGAAAAAACUGGAGGAAAAGAGAAUGGCUCUGAUGAAAGCAACCAGUAUGGGUGAAGAAAUCCUGAGCAUCUGCCAUCCCGACUCCAUAACUACCAUCAAACACUGGAACACCAUAAUUAAAGCUCGAUUUGAAGAGGUGCAGGCUUGGGCCAGGCAGCACCAACAGCGACUGGCGGUGGCCCUCAGUGAUCUGUUGGCCACUCAGGAGCUGCUGGAGAAUCUGCUGACCUGGUUGCAGUGGGCUGAAACCAAUGUCAGCGAUAAGGACAAAGAGCCCUUCCCACAGGAGAUUGAAGAGGUCAAAAACCUCAUAGCAGAACACCAGGCAUUCAUGGAGGAAAUGACCAGGAAGCAGCCAGAUGUUGACAAAAUCACAAAGACACACAAAAGGAAAGCUGCAGUGGAACCCCAGAUUCAGUCUCACAUCCCGGUGUUCAACAAAGGAAGAGCUGGAAGAAAAAGUUCACCUACACAAACGAUGUACACAUCAGCAACACAAGCUCCCAUUGAAACCAAGAACCCUCGGGUGAACCUACUGGUCAGCAAGUGGCAGCAGGUGUGGCUGUUGGCUUUGGAGAGGAGGAGGAAACUGAAUGAUGCCUUGGAUAGGUUGGAGGAGCUGAAGGAAUUUGCCAACUUUGACUUUGAUGUGUGGCGGAAGCGCUACAUGCGCUGGAUGAACCACAAAAAGUCUCGUGUCAUGGACUUUUUCCGGCGCAUAGACAAAGAUCAAGAUGGCAAAGUGACCCGACAGGAGUUCAUAGAGGGCAUUCUCUCCUCCAAAUUCCCCACCAGUCGGCUGGAAAUGAGCGCAGUGGCAGACAUAUUCGACAGAGAUGGUGAUGGCUACAUCGACUAUUACGAGUUUGUAGCUGCUCUUCAUCCCAACAAAGAUGCUUACAAACCACUAACAGAUGCUGAUAAAAUUGAGGAUGAGGUUACGCGUCAGGUGGCAAAAUGCAAAUGUCCAAAACGAUUUCAAGUGGAGCAAAUUGGUGCCAACAAAUACCGGUUCUACCUUGGAAAUCAGUUUGGAGACUCUCAGCAGCUCCGGCUGGUCCGGAUUUUGCGCAGCACUGUGAUGGUGCGAGUGGGAGGAGGCUGGAUGGCGCUGGACGAGUUCCUGGUGAAGAACGACCCCUGCCGAGCUAAAGGAAGGACCAACGUGGAGCUGCGUGAGAAGUUUAUCCUCCCAGAGGGCACCACCCAAGUGAUGGCGAGCUUCCGCUACCGAGGGCGUAGAUCUCGACCGUCAUCUAGAACAGCUUCUCCUACCAGGUCCGUGUCCAGCCAGAGUUGUCCUGUUCCACCAAACCCAGCAGUGACCACCACACCCAAGACUCCACAACAAAUAACCCGCAAUUAUGAUAAGCCGUGGCUUACAAACAGCAAAACCACAGCUCCUCUUAAAUCAGCAGACUCCUUUGGGAGUUCGUCCUCAGAGAGUACACCAGUUCAGGGCAGCAAAUUACGUCUUCCUGGAUACUUGUCAGGUAAAGGAUUUCAGUCUGGUGAGGAGGGAAUGUUGAUCAGCGCUGCCGUACUAAAGGCUCGAGGACAGACUAUAGGGGAGUCAAAGAAAAACCUCAGCCGACCUGGCAGUAAAGCAGGGAGCAGAGGAAGCAGUCGGAGGGGAAGCGACGCCUCUGACUUUGACAUCUCAGAUAUCCAGUCUGUGUGCUCAGAUGUGUCCGAGACCGUUGGCGACUCUGCCCGAGGGACUCCACGGUCUGCGGGCCGCCAGCACGGAGGAAAACCCUCCAAGAUCCCCACUCCUCAGAGGCAAUCGACUUCCACAAGCAAACUGGCCAAGGGAUCCAAGCGAUAGUCAGUGGCCUUGAAACUCAACCCAGGAGCUAGUUGCACCCCAAACACUGCACACUGGAGUUAGAUAACUGAAAGACUGCUAACGUGUUAAGUGUUUAUUUAAAUUGUCGCGAAGAUGUAAAAUAUUCUUUUGAGAGGAAAUAUGGUUUAAUAUUUUGUGAGAAUAGAAUGUUAAUGGCCUUGUGUAUUUGUUUUCAUGUAUUUUAUUUUUUGUGAAAAACAUGUCAGCUAGGUUUUAUUGUCUUAUUUUAAUGACGCAAAAUCUGUAGAAGUCCAAGGAACUCUAGGAAACCCAGGAAUGACUACAUUGUACGGUAAACUAACAUUUCUGCACACUAAUGAAGGACAACUUGCAGGAUUACGCUUUGAAAUUUACUGAAUGUACUGGAAUUUUGUGUUUGCUGACGUGUGGAGCGGACGGUGCCCCAUGGGACCGUUUGAAGCACUACAAUUAUGUAUUUAAGUGCUAUGAUAUAGUAAAGGGCAAUGCAAUAUACUACAAUAAACCACAGCAAGCACUGCAGAAACCUUUGAUAAACACUAUUUAAGACAAGUAGCAGAAACCUUGUAUUCAUGAAGCUUUCAAGUCCUGUUUGUUUGACCACUUCAAUGCUACGUGUGCACUGACAUUUAUGAGGUGUCCCUUCAUGUAGACCUUCCCUUCUGCAUCCAUGUUCAUGUAUGGUUCAUUUUGGUUGAGUUGAAGUUGUUAUUACUGUAAUUUGUAAUAAACCUGCUUGCAGAAAGCUACCACAGAUACCUGA